AUGAAAACUCCAGCGGACCCUCGGGGAAAGGAGACCAUGCCUCCCAAUCUCUCCCUGGUGAUCCAGGAGAACGAGACUGGUUUAGUUGCCGAGGUGUGGGACAAGGAGGUCCUGGCUGGCUCCGACGGGACCACAGCGGAGUUGGUGAUCCGCUGUGUGAUCCCGUCGCUCUACCUGCUCAUCAUCACGGUGGGUUUGCUGGGCAACAUCAUGCUGGUGAAGAUCUUCAUCACCAACAGCGCCAUGAGGAACGUUCCCAACAUCUUCAUCUCUAACCUGGCAGCCGGGGACUUGCUGCUGCUGCUCACCUGCGUCCCGGUGGACGCCUCGCGUUACUUUUUUGAUGAGUGGGUGUUCGGCAAGGUGGGCUGCAAACUGAUCCCGGCCAUCCAGCUCACCUCCGUUGGGGUUUCUGUGUUCACUCUCACUGCCCUCAGCGCUGACAGGUACAGGGCCAUCGUAAACCCCAUGGACAUGCAGACAUCAGGGGCGGUGCUGUGGACCUGUGUGAAGGCCGUGGGUAUCUGGGUGGUGUCCAUGUUGUUGGCUGUUCCAGAAGCUGUAUUUUCGGAAGUGGCACGAAUUGGCACCUUGGAUAAUAGCAGCUUUACAGCAUGUAUACCCUACCCUCAGACAGAUGAAUUACAUCCCAAGAUCCAUUCGGUGCUGAUUUUUUUGGUCUAUUUCCUCAUCCCACUUGCUAUUAUUAGCAUUUAUUAUUAUCAUAUUGCAAAGACCUUAAUUAAGAGUGCGCAUAAUCUUCCUGGAGAAUACAAUGAACAUACCAAAAAGCAG